UCAGUUUUUGUUUUUCUUUUUCUUUCUGCAGAAAAUUGCAUUCGCAGAAUUUCUUUAUUCAGAUUUAUAAGCGGUAUUAUUACAAUUAAUUUAAUUAUAACAAAUUGUUGCGGCAAGACGUCACUAUGCUGCUGCGGCAAGUAAUAGUAAUACUACCAUUGCUGCUUUGCUACGUGCAUGCAGGACCAGAGGAGAACGAGGGUGUGCGCUACGCCAAUCGCUGUGAAGCCUGCAAGAUACUGGCCACCGAGCUGCAGGAGCGGCUCAAGGAAACUGGCAAAUCGCACGAUGUCAUCGAAAUGGGUUACUCGCUCGACGAUGUGAAACCAAAGAAGCGCACCGAGUAUCGACGCAGUGAAUUGCGUUUGCUCGAGUCACUGGAGAACGUUUGUGAACGUGUUUUGGAGUACAAUCUACACAAGGAGCGCACCGACAGCACACGCUUUGCCAAAGGCAUGUCGCAAACCUUCAAAACGCUACAUGGACUCGUCGACAAAGGUGUGAAAGUCGAUUUGGGUAUACCAAUUGAAUUGUGGGAUAAACCGCCAGUGGAGGUGACACAAAUGAAGACGCAAUGCGAGAAUAUGCUUGAGAACUAUGAGGAAGUGAUUUCCGAUUGGUAUUUCAAGCAUCAAGAUGAGAAAACACUGCUCGCACAUCUCUGUGAGGACACGGUGUUGGCACAAGACGAGCGCAAGUGUUUGCAGGAAACAUUACCGCCUGCAGAGAGUGAAGAUGAGGCUGACGAUGUUGACAAAACGAAGCAAAAAGGCGAUACAGGCAAGCAUGCGGCAAACAAAGAGCUUUGAUUCAUUGCAGCACAGCGCGUAAAAUAAGUGUGUGUGACCCCGGUAUUGUUGUGUGCAAGUUGAAAUCAACGGGCCCGUUGCUAUUGCGAACAAAAUUCCAACACAUUUACUUUUAAGUAGCACUAGAGAUUCCUAAAGCAUUUACAGUUUGUAUUACAUAAAUUAAAAAUAUACAUAAUUAGUUUAAAUAAAAUUAGUAACUGAGGUAUAGCAA